GUUUUAACACGCAUCUUCCAUCCUUGAUACUGACAUUUCUUUGCCACAUACAAGCUUUCCCAUGGGGGACGUCAAGGAAAAGUGUGAAGCUGACAAAGGUUUGACACUACUUGUCCAUGCUUCCUGCGUCGAACGAAUGGCAUUUGGUCGAGAUCCAGUUGAACUCAUAUGCAAGAACUGUGGCCAGCGAGUUGUCACCGAAAUUUCUAGGCAUAAUGGUGUCUGUUCUUUCUUUUCUGUUUUGGUGGCGCUCUUCUUAUGUACACCUUGUGCCUGGGUGCCUUUGAUAGCUCCAACUUGCAAAGACACUCUACAUGCUUGCCCAAACUGUGGUGCUACCAUUGGAGUACACAGAUACUUCAAAUGAAGCAAAUAAGGAGUUGUUUCUCUUCCAAGGAGAUAUUUGUAACACUUCUUUUUCUUCAACUAUUUAUAUCUGUAUAAAUAUAUACACUGAUAUACAUAUGUUAUACAACGAACAGGAUUUUGCCCUGUGUGUCUCCAAAUGGAUAAUGUCUUGUCAUUGCAAGCGAUAUUUCGAUAUCUGUGUUCUUGAAUGCAAUGAUACGCAUAUUUGUUAUUGAUGUUACAUCGUGUCGCCAACACUGUUGUUAUUUACUAAUAAGUUGUUUAUUUCUUUGGAUGUAAAAUACAAUGGAAACAUUUCAAUUUUUUUCAAAUAUAUCCUGUUGUAGAAGAUAUAUGAAUUUAAAAAGUAAUUUUUCAGUGAAAUAGAAAAGUUGAAGAAAAGCAUCAUAAAAUGAAGUCUUUUUAACUUCUUUGUAAUGCUUUAAAUGACCUUUUUGCUUAAUAUUAUGCUCAAAUUAAUAUUUUUGGAAGUGAAACCCGAAUCUAAUUUACACAUUCUUUCCUAAAGUACAAAUCGUUCCAGAAAUAUCUGCUCCUUUGCAUCACCCUGAAACAAACAUGGGUUUUAGGAUCAUUAACUUACGGUUAAUUUGAAGAUCUGAUAAUGCAGAUUUAUUUAAGUAUUGCUCAAGCAUGUCACAAAUAAUAAUUUACGUUUUACAAAUAAAUAUAUGACGUUUUCUAUUUCGUCUACAUUUUUUAUAUAAAAAAGUUCUUAUGAAAUAAAUCAUAUUAUAUAUGUAAAAAUUAUGUUAGGAAAAGUAACGUUUAGAUUAGUAAAUUUUGGAAACAGGAUUUUGGAAGAAAACUUUUUAAUGUCAUAUUUGUCAUUCAAAAUGAAAUUCAUAAUUCUCCUAGUGAACCACUUAAUUGCUAGAUUUACUUUGUGCUAAAUGUAAGAAUGUUAUAAAACUAAGCUUUUACCUGUGCUAAAUAUCUAUAAACCAAGCAAUUUCUCUACUAAACAACUGCAGUUUUUCGCUGUCUGGAAGCGCGCAGAAUUUCAGAAAAGCUAUAUUAUAUCCUUGCAGUAUUGAAUUUAAUAUCUCAAAAAUUUUACUAGUCCGAUAAUUACAUUCAAUUUUGACAAUUCUUAUCACAUGAUUUAAAGAUUUAAGGGGAGUCGGAACACGCUAUACUGACAAUGUUAAAUUGGCCAUUUUCAAUGCACUUUUUCUCAAAAUUUGCAUUAUAUACACGUUUGAAA